AUGACACCCGCCGCAUUCCCUGCCCUCGCGCCCCCGGCGAUCACAAUGCAAGGUCCUGGAGACAGUUGGCCGCAGCGUCCCGAAGAACCUGACCAGGACUGGGUGCGAGUGUCUCAGUAUUUCAACGGCGAGGAAGACAACAUGGAGGGCUGGCCGCCUACCCGCACAAUAUCACGCCCGCACACUCCGUUUUCGUCAUCCAAUACAAGUAGCCCUUCGUCAUUUGGCAGCCACAUCUCUCGCUCGCGCAGUCUGCGAUCGGUGCACGACGAGAAUGCGAAGCGGCCACCAAGGGAGUGGAGGGCGGACUUCAGUAUGGCACGGUCACUGGGGUCAUCAUUGGGUUCGAUGUUCACAAAGGCGCGCUCAGCGUCGAUAUCUGGUAGCAGUGAAGGGUCGAAACUCCACCCCUACAUUCGCUACUCCUCAGUCUCGCCCGGCAUGCACCUCGACCUCCGCAAGAACCCCUCAACGCUCCGCUUCCGUGCGCUCGAGCGCGAAGUAAACCCCUGGGACCUCACGCGCUUCGCCUGCGAGCCGCCUGUCGCAGGCAUGCGCGUGUACAGCAAUCAUUACCCAUGGCACAUCGACGUUGAGAGCUCAAACCCAGCGGGCGUCACGCUGCACGACCUCUUCAGCGCGAUCUGGCUCUCGAUGAUGACUCCGAUAUCGCAGGCAGAUUGGUGGAACAACGAGAUGGAUGAGAUAACGCGGGAGCGCAUCGCGCGUUCCUGGGCUGAGCGGUGCAUAGACGAGGGUGAGCGGCAGAAGGGUGUCAGGCGGGUCGACUUCCUGAUGGACAGAUGCGUUCUGCUUGGGCUAGAGAGGGGGAGGGAAGGCAUGUGGGAGAUGAAGGUCAAGAGACAGUGA